GGUCUGAGAGGAAAGGGCGGGGAUUCAGAGAACCGAAGGAGGUAACAUCCGGGAUCCUCGCCACUCCGGAGUGGGGGCGGGGCAAGAGAAAAGGGGCGGGGCUCGCUCCCAAGAACCGAACCUGGAAGCCUCAGCCGUAGUGGUGGAGCGGGAGCUGGACCUGUUGUUGCCGGUGAGGCCGCCGUGUCUUGUAGUUUCUCAGGGCUACGUAGGGCUUCUUCUGGCGGCGCUGCUGGGUUGGCUGCGAGACAUAGGUUUCCUAAAAGACAGAAGAAAAUGGAGGAAUCUGUAAGCCAGAUGCAGCCACUGAAUGAGAAACAGAUAGCCAAUUCAGAAGAUGGAUAUGUAUGGCAAGUCACUGACAUGAAUCGACUACACCGGUUCUUGUGUUUUGGUUCUGAAGGUGGGACUUAUUAUAUCAAAGAACAGAAGUUGGGCCUUGAAAAUGCUGAAGCUUUAAUUAGAUUGAUUGAAGAUGGCAGAGGAUGUGAAGUGAUCCAAGAAAUAAAGUCCUUUAGUCAAGAAGGCAGAACCGCAAAGCAAGAGCCUAUGCUCUUUGCACUUGCCAUUUGUUCCCAGUGCUCUGACAUAAGCACAAAACAAGCAGCAUUUAAGGCUGUUUCUGAAGUUUGUCGCAUCCCUACUCAUCUCUUUACUUUUAUCCAGUUUAAGAAAGAUCUGAAGGAAAGCAUGAAGUGUGGCAUGUGGGGUCGUGCCCUCCGGAAGGCUAUAGCAGACUGGUACAAUGAGAAAGGUGGCAUGGCCCUUGCCCUGGCAGUUACAAAAUAUAAACAAAGAAAUGGCUGGUCUCACAAAGAUCUAUUAAGAUUGUCACAUCUUAAACCUUCCAGUGAAGGACUUGCGAUUGUGACCAAAUAUAUUACAAAGGGCUGGAAAGAAGUUCAUGAAUUAUAUAAAGAACAGGCACUUUCUGUGGAGAAUGAAAAAUUAUUAAAGUAUCUGGAGGCUGUAGAGAAAGUGAAACGUACAAAAGAUGAACUGGAAGUCAUUCAUUUAAUAGAAGAACAUAAAUUAGUUAGAGAACAUCUUCUGACAAAUCACUUAAAGUCUAAAGAGGUAUGGAAGGCUUUGUUACAAAAAAUGCCUCUUACUGCAUUACUAAGGAAUCUAGGAAAGAUGACUGCUAAUUCAGUGCUUGAACCAGGAAAUUCAGAAGUAUCUUUAGUGUGUGAAAAACUGUGCAAUGAAAAACUGUUAAAAAAGGCUCGUAUACAUCCAUUUCAUGUUUUAAUUGCAUUAGAAACUUAUAAGAUAGGUCAUGGGCUCAGAGGAAAACUGAAGUGGCGCCCUGAUGAAGAAAUUUUGAAAGCAUUGGAUGCUGCUUUUUAUAAAACAUUUAAGACAGUCGAGCCAACUGGAAAACGCUUCUUACUAGCUGUUGAUGUCAGUGCUUCUAUGAACCAAAGAGUUUUAGGUAGUGUACUCAAUGCUAGCACAGUUGCUGCAGCGAUGUGUAUGGUUGUCACACGAACAGAAAAAGAUUCUUAUAUAGUUGCUUUUUCACAUAAAAUGGUACCAUGUCCACUGACUACAGAUAUGACCUUACAACAGGUUUUAAUGGCUAUGAAUCAGAUUCCUGCAGGUGGAACUGAUUGCUCUCUUCCAAUGAUCUGGGCUCAGAAGACAAACACAGCUGCAGAUGUCUUCAUUGUAUUCACUGAUAAUGAGACCUUUGCUGGAAGUGUCCAUCCUGCAAUUGCUCUGAGGGACUAUCGAAAGAAAAUGGAUAUUCCAGCUAAACUGAUUGUUUGUGGAAUGACAUCAAAUGGCUUUACCAUUGCAGACCCAGAUGAUAGAGGCAUGUUGGAUAUGUGUGGCUUUGACACUGGAGCUCUGGAUGUAAUUCGAAAUUUCACAUUAGAUGUGAUUUAACCAUAAGCACCAGCAUGAUCUUAGAGCUCCAUUGCCAUCAGUGGUCUCACUAAAUAUAUGCAGCUACUUCCCAACUUAUCUCAAUCCAGUGAAAGAUGAUGGUAUAGUAUGUGCAUAAUGAAAAGUUACCUUACCAAAAAAAAAGAUGAUGAUGAGCCCAAAGUCCUGUCUACAAAACUAGCUCUUGGGAAAUAGCUUCAUGAUACUGUAGCUUCCUCUAUCUAAUAGAGAACUUUUUAUUAAUAGACAAUGUAAAAUAGUUUUGCUUUGGUGAAUAAUACAUUUGUACUUAAAAGAGGUGAGAACCAAAAGUGUAAUUCCAUACCAUGUCACUUGUUUGAGAAGUGCUACAAUUUCUUAAAUGUUUUCAUUGGGAAAGGACAGCUUUGACAGUGUCCAAAUACUCUGAAAUGCACUAUUAGACCAUGUACUGUGAUGGAACAUGAAACUCAUCUGCAAACUUAUAAGGUAAGGGGCAAAAAAAAAAAGUAAGACAUUUGAUUAAAUUAUUAAUGAGUUUUACAGAUUCCUUUCAGAGUUUUCUAAGAUCACAUAAAUAACAGCGUUCUUAUUCAAUGAAAAGAUACUUUAUUUCUAAUGUUUUACUUGCACUUGUAACAUUAUCAUUAACCAAAAACAUAAUGGCAGCCCCUAAGAAGAGACUAUUUGUGUUGGCAGAAGAAUACUAUUUGUUUACUUUUUUGUUUUGUUGUAUUUUCUCUGUGAGUGAGGGGUGUGACUUAAUAGUGAUUUAUAGCCAGAUAGUUACACCUUCCUUUUUUUAACACCCUUAAAUAAAAAUAACAUACUAUGUUUCAAGCAUUUAAGCCUCCUAUUCUAAUUUUGAAAGUAUAACAAUUAAAAUAUCAGCUAUAACCAGAUUAGCAUUUUCCCUAUUCUUAAACUAUUUUUCUAGUCAAUUGUAAGGGGGUUUUAGAUAUUUUCUAAUUGUAAACAUGUUAUUGUCCUCCUAUCCAUGUUCAUUAUUCAUUUUUGUGGCAAAACAUUCUCUUUUGAUGAUGUAAGGAAAUAAUAAAGCAAUCUAGGUCCUUCAGAUAUGAAAGGCAAUUUUUGAAUAGCAAAUUAUCUAAUCAGUGUAUAGGAAAUUCUUUUGUUUUAUUUGUGUGUAUUGAAUGUCUCUUCAUUACACUAAAGUGCAUUAUUUUCUUAAGCAGUGUGUUGAAAUGUCCUUACUUUUGCUCAUAUUUUUAUUUCGGUCCCCUAAGGUAGCUUACACUUAAAACCUUGGUUGUAUUCGUUGUCCUUUAAGUAGUAAUUGAAGAUAGUUUACUAAGGGUUUAUUCUGAGCCCUUCUCACUGUGUGAAAAGUCAAACUCUAGUUAAUGUAAAUUAUAGCUUUUAGGUGCUUGGGAUUAGAUGUUUCAUGAGUUUCGAGGGAAAGGGUGAUUUUAGUAGUGUGAGGAUUUGUGUAUUCUGUUUUGUGGGAAGUUUGGGCUCUGGGAAUAAGUUUUUCCUUUCAAAACUUAUUUGACAUAUUAAUGCUGACUUUGAUAUGUACCCAUUCUAUCAAGGCAACUGGUGGCAGUUUUUACCUGAGAUGUUUUUGGUCAGCAAAGUUUGCAGUACCCCUCUCCCCUACAAAUACACAAUUGUAUCUGAUGUUACUCUGUUUUUAACCUCUGUCAGUCAUUGAAUUUUACCUGUUAGCUACUUUGAUACACUAAAAUAUUAUGUUCAGACUGAAUUUAAAAGGUUAAAGAAUGUAAUAGAAUUACAUAAUAGUUCUUGAGUUCUUUUUUUUUGUUUGUUCUUGAGUUCUUUAGGUAAUAAACCCAAGACCUUCUGAAAUAAAAACAUUAUAACAAUAUCUAAUUUUUAUUCCUAGUAUAAAUGUUAAAUAGACCAUGGCAUAAAAAUUUAUUUCCUUCAGUUACGUACUCUUUCAGUAGUACUUUUAGACAAAGAUAUCUAAGGGUUAAUAUUAAGUCCACCAGGGUAAUAAGAUUAGAUGUGACCUUUCUGAAGAAUUUAGCUAGGUCUAAUUAAAUGGAUUAGGGUAAUAUUUAAGAAAGGAGGAGAAAUACUAAAAGAAACCACCACAGAAGGUAACUUUAUUUUCAAAUCAUGAACAUUAGAGCUGGAAGAAACCUUAGAAAAUUAAAAGGUAACAUUUUAAUUUUGGUUUGAGACCUCAGUGAUCGUAAAGCACUAUGACAUAGAAAUCUUAGCCUUUUCAUUCCCAUUCCAGUAUUUAUUGAGAAUGUCCUCAACAUGGGAACACACUGACUCAGAAGAGUAGGGGUAAAAGAAUUAUUCAAGACUUUUCUUACAUAGAUGUUAGGAAAUAAUGAAUAUACAUGAUUGCUUUAGGAGUAGAAAAACAGAUUGUGAACAUGUAUAAUUUUGUUAAUUCAUAGUAAUCCUCAAGCACAAUUAAUAUUUUAAUAACUUGUGUUCCUAUAUAACAUAGUCUUAUAGAACAAUAUAAAAUAAAAACUUUACCUCAUGAAGAAAAUAGACUUAAAUGACAGUUUUUUUCUCUUACUACUUUUAGUAUUACUGCUACCUUAAUAUUUGAGAAAAUACUGCUUUUAAAAACAAUUCUAAGAAAAGUAAACUUAUUGCCUAGGUAUAAUGUAAAUAUCUCCAGGAUAUAGUGCUAAUUAGCAAAAAAAAAAAAGCUAAUCAUCUAACCUCAAGCCCUUUCUUGGAAAUUGCAUUUAUUAAAACAUUACUUAGUUUAAUUACCAUUUUAUGAGAAUAUUGGUAGGGCAAAAUCCUGGUGAAUAGAAUUUAGUAUUAUCCCUUUGAAAAUUCUUUUGUUCUAUCUACACUACAGUGUCAAUAUAGACAGCCAAUUUAAUCCAAGUUAUUCAAUUUUGCUAUCUUUCAAAAGUACCAUAUCUGAUACUUGGAUCAUAGAAGAAUUUUUUUAUAUUAAAAAUUGAAACUGGUAAGAAGGCUUUCAGUAUAAAUUAGAACUCCUUUUUUUUUUAAAUUAAAAACAUUCUUGUUAAUAGGUUAUGUUUUGCAAGAUAAAAUAUUUUUUAGAAAAAUGUCUCAAAUAGGCCAAUGUUUUAAAACAUUCUCGUUCAGGGUGGGAAAAUGUAAAAGAAAAUUUUCACAGCUGAAUUACUAAGAAGUCACUAUUCUCUGAUUAAGAGAAAGAUAAUAUAUUCCAAGUCUAAGAUCUUGAAUAGACAGAGAAAAACUCAUACUCUAAAUGGGGAGAUACUAUUAACAAAUAUUUGCUUAAUCUUUUAAAAUAACAGGAAAAUCUGUAAGUGAUAAAAUAUGAGUUUCUCAGUCAUUUUCUGUAUUUUGCAAAAACAAUAUAAAUUAUUUUGGAAUGAUAAGGCAGUUUGAGUACGUUUGAAGGUCUGACAACCAAGUUUAAAGGCUAAAUCACUGUUUGUUGGACUUAUUUUAAUUUGGCCUCAAGAUAUUAAGAGUCACAAAUAUGACUUUCUUGGUUAGUGAUACCCUUAUAGUAGGUAUCAAAAACAAAAAAUUCUAGUCUUGUAAAUCACAGUUUUCAGGUGAUUUGUUAAGGCAAUAUCUCCUCUUCAGGCUUGGCACCCAUAGCAUAGUGAUUAAGGUGACAGCCACAUACACCGAAGUUGGAGAGUUCGAACCCAGUCUGGACCAGCUAAAAUAACAAUGACAACUGCACAAAAAAUAGCUGGACGUUGUGGCAGGUGCCUGUAGUCCCACCUACUUGGGAGGCUGAGGCAAGAGAAUCACUUAAGCCCGAGAGUUUGAGGUUGCUAUGAGCUGUGCUGCCAUGGUACUCUACCGAGAACAACAUAGUGGGACUCUGUCUCAAAAAAAAAAAAAAAAAAAGAAAAUAUUCAUAGUAUUAUACUCAAACACAUACAAGAAAUAAUUAAGAAAAAAUGAUAGGUUAUAAAAUGACAGGUUACACUAUGUACUGUAUAGAUUUUCUUUAGUGUUUCCCUGAUAAGUACUCCCCAAUCUCUUUAUUCGUUUAUACCUUUUUUUUUUUCUUUUUAAAAUUCCUUUCUUCUGACACUUCUGUCAUCUUUUUGUAGUCAUUCUCCACCCAGGUAAUAAAAUGAAUGAUCCACAUUUAGGUUUGGGAGAAAUCUUUUUCAGAUUACUGUUUGUUUCACACAGAUCUAAGAUCAUAUUUUUUUCAAAUCAAUGGGCAGAUCCCUUGGAACAAUAAUUGCAUUAAUAGAUUUGCUCCCCAAAUGAAGUUAUAUUAUAUACCUUUUGUAUUAGUUAUUGGCAGAAAUUUUAUGGCCUUUAAUUAAGAUCAGUUAUUCAGCCAUUGUUUGCAGUUAUAGAUGAAUCUAGCUAUAUUGAAAAGAGAAGUGCUCUAUUAUUAAGCACUGAAAAAGUAAUUAACUGAAUACUCUUUCAGAAAAUAGCAUGUCUUCAUACGCAUAUUUCCGUAAUUAUAAAGACCACUAUCAAAAUCUUUGGUUUACUAAAUAUUUCACUGAGCAUUUAUAGAUACAUGGCUUGUAGCAUUAAAAGCCUUGUAAAUAACUUGUAUUCACAUUUAGUAUUUUUUAAUUGGUAAAUUUUUUAUUUGCUUUUUUGAAAAUUGUGAAGUUAAUAAAAAUUUUAAGGUGGUAUUUUCCGUGUUGAAAACUAACAAUGCAGUUGAACAUACUAUUUGAAUAAAAUGAUAAUAAAUGGCACAUCUUCUUAAAUUCUGAAAAUGACAAGUUAAAUUGGAAAGUGACAGGAAUAAACCAGAAAAGAAUGUCACAAAAUUCUAUUGGUAAAUUCAAGGUGAUUAUUUUCAGUGAGAAUGAAUUUAUAAAUAACAAUGAAAAUAUAUAAAAGCCUUUUCUGAUCCUAAAAAGAUUUUUCCCUGUUUUUCCUUUUUUUUGUCUAUUUUAUUUAGCCCUGCCAUGCAUCAUGUUGAUUUUAUGAACACAAGUGAUAAUUAAUUUUUAAUUUUAAAAUGUUGAAAUUUGUGCACUUACAAGCAAUUAUCAGAAUGUGUGCUUGAACAAAGGAAAUAGCAAAUUAGCUACAUUUUUGCUGGUGUCAACUUAAUAAAUACUUGAUCUUUACCCCAUAUAAGGUAAUACUGUAUCAAUACAUACACUAUAUUGAAACUUCUGUUUAAAUUAUUCAUUAGGCUCUACUUGCAAUGUAAACUAUUUAGAAUCCAUACACAACUAAAUUAAUUAUAUAAUUAAUGGAUAGUAAACAAGAGAGAAUGGUUUUGCUGCACUAUUAUUCUAAAUAUGGACUCUAUGUAUUUCGUAUGGUGUGAUUAUACCUAACUUUUGUAAAGUAUUUGAGUAAUAUUUUCUUCUUUUUAUUGCCAGCUUCUGAUAAUAAAGAAAUUUUCCCCAUGUGCUGAGAUAUGUGAACUUACCUUCUAAAAAGAAAAUAUUGCCGGGAGUGAGGGAGGAGAGUGGUAUAAUCUAGUUCUAAACUGUCCAUUUGCUUUAUAUAAAGGCUUUGAUUUCCAAAAUUGACUGCUUGAUAAGUAUUUAAAUUACACAGAAUAAUGUCUGCAUGGAAUAAAUUUAAGUAUACAAGAGCCUUAAAACAAAAAAAAUGAACUUUUGACUGCCUUAAAAUAUGACUUCCUCCUCCAGUUCAGGCAUACUAGUUAUUUUCCUUGGGUCUGUUGAUUAAUUAAUGCCUUAAUAGUGAUCUAAUGUUUCUGAAGUACAGAACUCAAAGAGUCUUUUAGAGCUUUUAAUUUUACAUAAUGAAUGGAAAUUUAAGUAUUAACUUUUAAAACAUGAUUGUACAUUGGUAAUUUAAACACUUAUUAACAGGAUAAUCUGGGUGCACUAAUGUGUUAUACAUACGUGACUGUUAACAUUCUGUGGUUAUUUAAGGUUUUUUAUUAUUCUGUAUAACAAAUUAUCCAGGAUGCUGGACUUUAUGACUAUAACAUGACCUCUAAGGACCAAGUUGCAUAUUUAAUACUGAGUACAAUUCAAAAAUGAUUCAUGUUUAAAGGGAACUUUUCAAGAUAAAAGGCAAAUAUUUUGUCUCAAUGCUACAAGCAAAUUCAUUCCAAGAAGUGUAUAAUAGUAAAAACAUCAGGACUACUGCAAUAAAAAGUAUCUAGGUCAGUGAUUUGUUAACUGCAUUCAUAUUUUUACAUCCACUUUACCUUUCAAAGCAAGAAUAUUUUAUAAAACUGAAAGAAAACUUUAAAUUGUUAAGCAGGUGCUUAAAGGCAUAUAUAAAGUUUUAUUUAUAACAAGUUUAUUUCCUUUCCAAGGAAAGGACCCUGAAGGGAGGAGGGCCAGGGAGUUUCCUAGAUCUGUUGAUAAACUCAUCAAUGCUUUGUCAAGUCUUCCAAGUUUUCACUGUAAAUACUACACCUAACAAUGUGAUUUUGCUGUUGUCUGAGAGGGAAUGAAUAAAUAUACUAAUGUAUUAAGUUUAUUUCAUGAUAACACAGUUUUCACUGAUACUGUGAAAUCUUGACUUUUCCAGCCUUGCAAAAUAUCCUACUGAAUAAAUCACUUUAUGGAGUACAGGUGGGCACUAUGUGAACUGGUUCUGGUCAGUUUAUUAUUGUAGAAAUUGAUAGGUGUACCAAAUAAACUCUAUGCACAU